AUGGGUGGGGUAUCCGAGGCCAACGACGUCCUGCAGGAAACCAAUUUGAAGCUUUGUAACAAAGCUGCCGACUACGAUCCGACGCAGCCAUUCCUACGAUGGGCCUACGUCUUUGCCCGAUUCGAGGUAAUGGCCUGGAGGAAACGCCAGGCUCGAUCUCGCUUGGUUCUCGACGACGAAUUGGUCGCGGUAAUUGCGUCCGACUGGGAAGGCAAUGCCCAAGAUGCGGCCCAGCAAAUUACGGCAUUGGAAGGCUGUUUGGAGAAACUACCGAAGAAGCAGCGAGAUCUUCUCGACGCUCGUUACGGCCGCGGCGAGGCGGUUCAAGAUAUCGCCGCUCGGCAAUGUCGCACCGAAAAUGCCAUGUCUGCAUUGUUCUACCGCGUUCGCAAGUCGCUCGCGGACUGUAUUGAAUUGGCACUCCGCAACGCAACAGCUGCGCAAUUGGAGCAACUGCGAGAGCUUCUUCAUCGAGACGAAGCCUACCGUCACGCUUACCAGGAACAAGUCAAAGUCCACGCCUACCUGACAUGGCAACAUGGACGUGCUUCGAUCAACGAGCCGAUCGUCACGCCCCCAAUCUCUACUUCGCCAGCGAAGCCUCGUAACUGGACCGCACCGAUGCUCGGUCUGGCGUUGUCACUGCUGAUUGUCGUCGGGGGCCUAACGACUUGGUGGCAAUGGAAUCUUGCUCGCGUUCCUCUCGUUGUGAUCUCUUCAACCGAUCCAACCUAUGUCAAAGGCGCUAGAGUCUUUUUGGACUCGGUUCAUCUGCGACAGGGAACGUUUCGAUUUCGUCUCGAUUCAGGGGCGGAAGUCGAAGCGGUUGGCCCCGUCGACUUCGAGUUGCUAAGCGAUAUGCAUCUGCGGAUUGUCCAAGGGAGUGUCACCGUGGAUGUCGGAGACGACGCCAUUGGCUUUCAAGUCGACACGGCAGAAGCCAAUAUCGUCGACCUUGGAACUCGGUUCGGCGUUUCGGUCUCUGACGCAGGGCAAACCGAUGUGGUGGUGUUUGAAGGUGAAGUCGACGUUCAUCCCCCCUCGGCGAAACCACAACCCAAAGACCGAAUUGCCAACUUGAAGGAAGGGGAGGCGAUCCGAAUUGACAAGUCGAGCGUUCCAAAGCGGUUGACAAGUGUCGUGAUUCGGGGCGACUGGAACGAGGUUCUGGAAGGGAGCAACCAUCCUUCGCCGGUGAUUGUUGAUCUGACCGAUAACGGC